UUUCAUAUUGAGGAAAAAAUAUGCAAGGUUUUUCCACUGCUGCAGAACAAAAAGUGUGAAUGAAAUGCAGUAGUUUACAACGUGGACAGGUGUAGACAGACAGGAAGGAAGAAAAAAAAGGUUGAAAUCAUCGUUUCGCAAACAAACGAGCAUGUGCAAAUAAAAUGAAAUUGCAAUUAAAAGUGUACACCGAAACAUCACAUAUAGUGUAUGAACAACAAGCGUCAGUUUUUCGCCAGCCCGGUUGUGUAUGAAAUUUCAGCAUACAAAGUAUUGAAAUGUGUGAUGAAAAGUGGGCAGAGAAAAAAAACGUACCCCGGUUGGGAACUCAAAGUGGCGUAAAAAGGGAAAACGAGUUUGCACUUCUGGUUGGACGAUACCUUGGGGAGUUGUGUCGGUUGGUCAGUGCUUGUCCAUUUUGGUGAAGUACACAGUUUUUUGAUUUUCGAUCAGGUCAACGUUCAACGCUGACUGACGUCAGGACAAAUAUGGAAACUAUCUGUGCGUGAAAUUGUGUGUUGACUUGCUGUCUAGGAAUUUGUUUAUUUGGACUGUCAACAGAGUAUCAUCUACUAGGUUAGAGUGAGGAAUAUGUGAGUGAGGCUGUCUGCAUAACAGUGCUGUAAUAAUAUUCCAAAAUUCCAAAAUCAAAGUUUUUGCACUGAAAAAAAAAAAAAAUAUUUAUAUCAUAAAAGACUCACAAUAAAUGACUCUUCUUUAUCGUAGACUGAAGUUAUCCACAACAGAACAAAACUGCUAUCAAUCAGUGAAUAAUCCAUUAAAACCUUCAUUUUCGGCCCCAUUUUUUCUGAAAAGAACCCUACAUUUUCGGCACUACCCUCUCCAGGGACUGAAGCAAUGCAAUGCAUUUAAUAUUUAACCAUGCGAUAAGCCACUUUUCGAUCGCACGCAAAAGAGCAGCACAUCAUGAUGUCACCACCCCCACGACCACCGCUGGGAAAUAUGCCCAAAUUAAAUGUAAAUAAUCGCGGAUUAAUUGCCCAACCAGCACCGACAUUGACGCUGACACUGGUUCUGACAGCCACGGCGGCGAUGGCGUUGAUGACGUUCCCCGGCGGCCACGCGGCUCCCUCACUCGCGUCCAAAUCCUGGCCACCGAUGAAAAAUUACGACAUUUGGGGAACGCCCACCGCUGCUGGUGGUGGUGGUGAUCAAGGGGACCGGAGUGGGGUCUCGCGGGACACGGAUUUAUCAUCGUCGUCGUCACGGAGGAUGCUGUCGGGAUUUGACCCCAAUUUGGCGAAUGGAACCAGAUUUCGGCGAAGAAAUUGGACUGGUCGGAACGGCGACAGUGAGUCCGGAUUUGGAAUGGAAGACGGAUUAGCGGGGGAGAGUGAUAUCCUCGGAUUAGGCGAGAGGAAUGACUUUGGAUUCAAUCGGACCAGAGGACGGAGUGCGAAGGUGCUCAACUUUUUCCCGGUCCCAGUGGACGACGAGUGCCUCUCGGAGGACGGCCUGCGCACCGGCCAGUGCAUGAACGUGUACGAGUGCCGCAUCCAGGGCGGGGCGGCCCGUGGCCAGUGUGCCCUCGGCUUCGGCGUUUGCUGUAUCUUCACGGCCACCUGCGAUCAGGAGAUGGCCAACAACAUCACCUACUUUCUGUCGCCGAGCUUCCCGGCGCUGCUGCCCAAGGACAUGUCCGUCUGCAAGCUGAAAAUCAAGCUGAUGAGCGAGGAAAUUACCCAGCUUAAAUUUGAUUUCGUCCAUUUUGCAUUGGGCCAACCCAACCGCCGAACGGGCAUCUGCGACGGCGACGUGUUCAAACUGGCUGGCGGCGUCUUCCCGUUCAACCUGUGCGGCCAAAACAGCGGACAGCACAUGUACUACGAUCUGAGUCCGAAGGCCCGUGCCGACGAGGAAAUUGAGCUGGAGAUGAACUUCUCGCCGCGCUCGUUCGUCCAGCGACUGUGGGAGAUCCGGGUGACGCAGAUUCCGUUUAGUCAGAGGGCGCCCAGCGGGUGCAUGCAGUACUAUACGGGGAACGAGGGAAUCAUCCAGACGUUCAACUUUGCCGAGAAUGGACGGCAUCUGGCGAACCAUAACUACAGGGCGUGCAUCCGGCAGGAGAAGGGCAUGUGCUCGGUGGCUUACGAGCCGUGCCACGAUCAGUCGUUCCGGAUCGGGAAUCCGCUGGAGAGUAGUUCUGGGGGUGGUGGGGGAUCUGGGGUUGGUGGUGGUGGUGGGGCGGGAGGAGCGGCUGCUGGAGUACCUGGAGGAGGGGUGGGUCCGGCGGGGACGGGAACGUUUACGGAUCCUGGGAUUGCAUCGGAUCCGUUGGCUCCAGCGGCGGACAUUCCGGCUGCGGAUGUCGGGGUUCCGGGGGAAGCGGAUGCUGGGGAGACUCCUGGUUUGUUGGAUAGUCCGGCGAACGAUGAGGGAGUGGCUGCGGACGAGCCUGCUGUGGAUGAUUCCGUGGCGGACGAAUCUUCCCCGGAUGAAACCCAAGCGGAUGAUCCAGAUGCCGAAGAGGGGUCUGGGGGUGGAGGAGGAGGAUUCUUUGGAAGUUUCUUCCCGUCGUUUUUCUCGCGACGAAGUAUCUUCGACUCGUACCGUAGCUUUGAGGGAUCUCACCGGCAAGGUCGCUACGCGCGUCAGUUUGGCUCGACCUGUACGGAUCGAAUCACGUUGCCUUGUAUCGUGGAAGAUUUCAUUGGUGCUGGGAUGGGAGACGUCCCGAGCUGUAGUCCCGUGCACUGUGGCAAUUCACUGUGUCCGCUCGGGGUGUCACCCUGCCGGGUGGAGACUUCGGUGACCCCGUUCGGGCUGGGGAUCCACUUUGGUGAGGGGUUGGACAAGGGAAGCCCGGAAGACAAUAUUGGGGCGUGUUUGCGGUACAACCAACUUCCGUGUGCAGAAUGACGCAAACAUUCUAGAUUUAAGCAGUGCGUGUGGUUGUGAACGAGAAUGAUAGAUUAUUUAUUAGCUGUGAGUGUCUGCCAGUAAAAGUAAGGCUAAAUUUAUAUCCGAUGA